ACAGCCACAUCCAGUAUGAGCGGGUAGGCGCAGAUGUGACCAUGAAGUGUGGCUCCAUGGACUGGGACGCAGCUGUGACCUGGACGGCUAAUGGCACUGACAUCGAUGAGUCCCACCUGAACGGAUCCUACCUGAUCCUGAAGAAUGUUGACCUGACGCAGAGCGGCCAGUACUCCUGCUACGAGGGCUCCUCCUGGCACCUCAAAUACCAGACCUACCUGAGGGUGGGAACCCCCCCAAAGGAGCCAGUGCUGAUGUGCCGGUCCAACAACUACCCGAAGGGUUUCUACUGCAGCUGGCACCUGCCCACUCCCACCUACAUCCCCAACUCCUUCAACAUCUCCGUCAUACAUGGCACGAAAGAGAUGGUCUGCGUGAAGGAUGUCUUUCCCAAAAACAGGUGUCACAUCAGAUACCUCCAGCUCUUCUCGACAGUGAAGUACAAGGUGACUCUGACAGUCACGAAUGCUCUGGGCAAAGACUCCACCACUCUCACCUUUGACGAGUUCGCCAUAGUAAAGCCAGACCCUCCGGAGAGCGUGGUUGCCAAACCUGUGCCCAAUAACCCUCGGAGGCUGGAGGUGUCAUGGCAAAACCCCUCGUCCUGGCCCGACCCCGAGUCUUUCCCGCUCAAGUUCUUCCUGCGGUAUCGGCCCCUCAUCCUGGACCAGUGGCAACACGUCGAGCUGUCAGACGGGACAUCACACACCAUCACCGAUGCCUACGCCGGCAAGGAGUACAUCAUCCAGGUGGCGGCCAAGGACAACGACAUCGGCACGUGGAGCGACUGGAGUGUGGCUGUCCAUGCCACUCCCUGGACGGAGGAGCCCAAGCAUCUCACCACGGAGGCCCAGGUCACAG